CAGUGGUCACAAAUACCUGCCCUUCUUGACCAUGUAAUCCUUUGGCUUACUGUUGACUGAUUGUACCUCACCCGACCAGCGUACGGAUGUAGAUCACAUAUCGCGUAAUUGGAGUCGGUGUAUAGAAGAGUACACAUCGACCAUUGUGCAUUUUUCAUAACUACUGACUUUUAGCCGUCUUCGCUUCAUCUGUCAAGUCUUUCUAGCGGACAAUCGAUGUCUGAGGGGCUACCAUUCACGCCUAGUGGACACAAUUAUAUGUAGCAUUGUCGUCGAUGAAGUGUGGCUAUAUCGUUUCCUACCUAUGCUGUGUGAAAGACACGAAGAUACUCCCUAUAUGGAUACGAUAAAAGCUACCUGGAUCACUAGAACGUAGAUUUGGAUUACGUGAUAACUGUAUUUCUCUGUUUAUCAUUAGGAUAAACAGAUAAAAUGAAAUGACAACACCUGUCAGCUGACUCUUCUUAAAACUUAGUUUCAUUAGUCUUACUAAUCUUUUCGUUGUCUUACUUAUCAAAACGGAUCAUCAUGACACUAAAUCUGAUAAAAAACGACCGAAUGGCUUCUUCAGUGGACGCGGUGAGUUCUUCAUCUUCAUCCCCAAUACCUAGAGUAAAUGAUGAGGUUGAUUGUCAUUCUGAUAAAUCUGACUCUGAAAACGAAAGAGUUUGCAAAAAUAGCGAUGCCCCCAGUGAUACGGACCGUGUGUCAGUGCCGUCAGUAAUUGACCGACAGGAAAUUUCUUUGGAUUCUAACAUUCCAGAAACACAUACAAGACUUAGUGACACAAAUGGACCUUUAGUAAGUCCACCGAGGAGAUCUUUUUUUAUCACAGACAUUUUAUCAGAAGGACAUCGAGAACGGACACAGACAUUCUCGGCAUUUCGACCUCUAAGAGUGCCGAGUCGAUACUUAUCGUCACAUAGUUCUCUGAACACCGAGGCUAUUGCUAAACACAAUUUUGUAAACUUUGCAUCUCUGGGUAGAACCGGCAACGCCGAUGAGUAUCGUAAUGAUACAGUCGAUGACAAAGAUGACGAUGAAGAUGAUAGUGAUGAUGCUAGUACAGAUAUACUAGAAGAAGACAAAAAGGAAGAUGGAUCUUCUGAUCAGCAAACAGAUUCUGUAACUGGAUUAAUGAAACCAAAGAAGCCCAGAAAGGCACGAACGGCUUUCACUGAUCACCAAUUAAACAGCUUGGAAAAAACAUUUGAACGACAGAAAUAUCUUAGUGUCCAAGAUAGGAUGGAACUUGCCGCUAAACUCAAUCUCACUGACACCCAAGUAAAGACAUGGUACCAGAACAGAAGGACAAAAUGGAAGCGACAGACAGCCGUGGGCUUAGAGCUUCUAGCGGAGGCGGGUAACUACGCGGCAGUCCAACGUUUGUUACAGACAAAUCCCUACUGGUUCACAUAUCAUCCUCAGGCGGCAGGAAUCAUCUCUAAUAUUGACGCUUUGUACUAUCGCCAUGGUGAAAGUUCAAUGACUCCACAGCGCCCAACAUUGCCCAGAAUGUUUAUCCAUGGCCUACAGCAGCAUGUUAACCAUAUUUCAACGCCUCCUCCGAUUUAUUCUGAAAACCGAAGUUGAGAGAAUGAUGUCCACUUAUCUAGGGCAUAAUUAUAGAAUGAUGAAAUGACAUUAGUUACGUAAUGAUAAAUGAUAAGAAUGUGCAGCGAGUGCAACAGUCGUUAAGCAAACCUGUCCUGGAAAAGUUACGCUUAGUUCAUUGGGGAGUUUUAACUCCGUGUUUAACUUGAUACAAGACACGUAAACAGGGAACCUCCAACUCAUUAAGUGAUGCAACAAUUUGAAAUGGCAGAAAUACCUGUACUUUCGUCUGCUACAAUCCACGAUGUUUAAAAAUGCAUCCAUACCAAACGCUUUUAUGACGUAUAUGGUGACCUUAGAAAAGUGUGUGUUAUUAAUGGCGUUUAUUUGUGAACGACAAUGGACAUUACAUAUUUCACAUAGAUGACAACCAUGCUUUCAAAAAUCUAUACACACAAUGAUAAUGUACAUGUAUUUAACUAGUCGAUUACAUCCGCCUUCAGAAUGGCAAGUCUGCAUGCAAGAUGUGAAUUCAAAAGUGCUUCAAUAUUGCAUUUAGUUUUAUCUCUUUUCCCCCAUUUUCUCACAUGCAUUUAUAUAAAGAACUAAGGUGAUUUCUGUGUGUCACGAAAUUAUCUUUAGACUUUAGUUAUGAAUAAAAA